AUGACUGGCUGGAAGCAGCCAAUGCAGAGUAAGGAAUUAAGAAUAUCUCCUGAAGAUGCUCAGAUGAACCAGAUGUUUGCAUACAUUCUAGUUUGUUACUUGUCUAGUACUGUUUGUUACUUUGUUGUGCAUCUCGUGAUGCCAAUUUUAGUGGGUUCAGGACUGAGAAUAGCAGAUUUACAACAUGCUCAGGAACAUGAAGCAUGUCUUGAGCAAACCCAGAGGUAUCGUGUGGAGAGACCAAUAUAUAACCAAGAGCUCUUGCAAGGACAGCUGCGCAGACGGGAAAGAACACCUCAGACUUUUAGGCAGAGGAUUGCACAUUCUUGUCGUUGUUCUUCUAAGAAAGCCAAGUCUCAUCUUUACAGUUUCUUACCAAUUUUAAAAUGGCUUCCCCGUUACCCAGUGAGGGAAUAUUUAUUAGGAGACAUUAUCUCAGGUAUAAGCACAGGGGUUAUGCAGCUUCCUCAAGGCUUAGCCUAUGCUUUGCUGGCAGCUGUUCCCCCAGUAUUUGGCCUAUAUUCUUCAUUUUAUCCUGUCUUUCUAUAUACUUUUUUUGGGACCUCGAAGCACAUAUCAAUAGGUACCUUUGCUGUGAUUAGUAUGAUGGUUGGCGGAGUUGCUGUGAGAAUAGUACCUGAUGAAUUGGCUUCUAUGGACUAUAAUUCUACUAAUGUUACAGAUUUGCUUGAUUCUAGGGAUGCUAAGAGGGUACAGGUAGCUGUGACUCUCGCCCUUCUUUCAGGAAUUAUCCAGUUGUGUUUAGGUCUCCUUCGAUUUGGAUUUGUAGCAAUUUAUCUAACAGAGCCUCUGGUACGAGGAUUUACUACUGCUGCUGCAGUUCAUGUCUUUACUUCUCAGUUGAAGUAUCUGCUUGGAGUGAAGACUAACCGAUACAGUGGACCGCUCUCAGUUGUGUAUAGCAUAGCUGCUGUGCUUUCGAAAAUCACAACAACCAAUAUUGCUUCAUUGAUUGUUGGAUUAACAUGCAUUGUUAUGUUGUUGAUUGGCAAGGAAAUCAAUCUCCGGUUUAAGAAGAAGCUUCCGGUUCCUAUUCCUAUGGAGAUCAUUGUAGUAAUUAUUGGCACAGGAGUUUCAGCUGGAAUGAAUCUGACUCAGUCAUAUGGAGUGGACAUUGUUGGGAAUAUUCCUCAAGGGUUACGUGCACCAGCAGUUCCUGAGAUUCAGCUCAUUCCAGCAAUAUUUGUGGAUGCAGUAGCAAUAGCAGUAGUUGGAUUUUCAAUGGCUGUGUCAAUGGCCAAGAUCUUUGCACUUAAACAUGGUUACACCGUUGAUGGGAAUCAGGAACUUAUUGCCUUGGGAAUAUGCAACUCUGUGGGGUCUUUUUUCCAAAGCUUUUCAGUCACUUGCUCAAUGUCUCGGAGUCUUGUUCAGGAAAGCACCGGUGGGAAAACUCAGAUUGCAGGUAUGCUCUCUUCAAUCAUGGUUCUGUUGGUAAUUGUGGCUAUUGGCUACCUGUUUGAACCACUUCCGCAGACUGUGCUAGCUGCAAUUGUAAUGGUGAACCUGAAAGGAAUGUUUAAACAGUUUGGAGAUGUCGCACACUUCUGGAGAACCAGUAGGAUUGAACUGGCCAUCUGGGUGGUAGCUUUUGUUGCUUCUCUUUUCCUGGGACUAGACUACGGUUUGCUUACUGCAGUAACGUUUGCAAUGAUAACCGUUAUUUACAGAACACAAAGCCCUCAGUACCGAAUCCUUGGUCCGAUUCCUGACACUGACAUUUACUGUGAUGUGGAAGAGUAUGAGGAGGUUAAAGAAUAUCCUGGAAUAAAAAUAUUUCAAGCUAAUACGUCACUUUAUUUUGCCAAUAGUGAGUCAUAUAUGACUGCACUGAAGAAAAAGACUGGAGUGGACCCUUGUGUUAUCUUAGCAGCAAGGAAAAAAGCCCAGAAAAGGCAUGCCAGGGCAAUAAAGAAAGCAAACGAACUCAAAAAGAAAGCUGUCUUGAAGCUAGUGAAUUCUUCGACUAAUGAUGUGGAAGCAAGUGUAAAACAUGAGAUAGCAAAUGAUGAGUUACCUGUAAAUGGAAAAUUCACAUCUGUAGAGGACAGCGUACAAGACAGGUCUCCUGAUGAACUUGAAUACUUCGUGGAGCCAAAAACAAAUGUCCACUCUUUAAUUCUGGAUUUUACUCCAGUGAACUUUGUGGACUCAGUUGGAGCAAAAACAUUAAAAUCGAUUAUAAAAGAAUACAGAGAAGUUGGUGUCUGUGUCUAUAUUGCCGGCUGUAGCGGCCCUGUUAUGAGUGAGCUGACAAGACUGAAUUUUUUUGAAAACACUAUAACAAGAGAUUUGUUGUUUCACAGCAUUCAUGAUGCUGUCCUUGCUUGCCGUGUGAAAGAAGCCUCUGCUUCACAGACUACUGUGUAUGUGGGACCAGCUGAAGUCCCACGAUGCAAGUGCCUGCUGUUAAGGGGUUACGAGGAAGCGCUUCUUCCACCCGGCCUACCACCUCUCAAAUCAAAUCAGGCAUGCGAGGAAUGUGGGCUCCUGAAAAAGACAGCUAACUAA